AUGGCACCCUCAGAUUCAGAGUCAUCAUUAUCAUCAGCGCCGCCGACGGAUGAUGAAGCCGCUAUGGCUAUCGACGAACGCCCCGUUGGCAUUGCAAAGUACUUCAAGAAGGAGUCUGAGACUCCGCCGCCAAAGCGGGAGCCAUCACCACCGCAUGAAUAUGUGCUGGCAGAUAACCCCAAUAUUGCCUUCAUCGUCAUGUUCCGCGCGCGAUUCCAUGAUGCUUUCCCUCGCAGCCUGCCACACUUUGGUCCACAGGACAUCGAGAGAGGUGUCGAAGAGCCUAUUCCAGGCGAAUAUAUUGAGCGACUGCUUUGCGCAUUGUUGGGUCUUGUUUUGAACCGCAAAAAGGAUGUUGAACGGAAUCAUUACACACGACCAUUGGAAGAAGCGAUUCAUACCCACCAACUGCAGUGGCCAAAAGCAUGGGAGGGCAGGAAUCCCCUUCAUGGGAGCCGCAGCUUCACGACCAUGACACCCGAAGAACGCCUUGAGCUGCUUAGGUCUUUGAUCCUCUGGUCGCUCUCGUCGUCCGAAGCUAUUCAGGCUAAGGUCAAGGAGUCCUAUAAGCAAGCGCGCCACGACGAUGACCUCAACCAGCCUCUGUCCGUUCAAUCGUGGGGCCGUGAUAGCUUAAAACGGCGAUACUGGCUCAUUGAGGGGCAAGAUGAUACCAACUUUCGCUUGUACCGAGAGAGCAAUCCUGCUCUCAAACACGUCAGCUGGUGGAGCGUCGCAGGAAGUAUUCCCGAGAUACAGGAAAUCGCCGAUAAACUGCAGCAAGAGAAAGGCACAAAUUCGAAGAAGCUUGCUGAAAGGAUACACAACGCUAUUCCCCGGUUCGAAGCGUCAGAAGAGAAACGCAAACGCCGAGACUACCGUCUUGCUCGUAAGGCUGCAUUUACUCGGCCCGAGCCUGGAUUCUCAAUGUACGAGGGCCGCACUCGUGGGAAAAAGUUGAAGUACACGUACUCCGACGAUGAAGACAUCUUCUCCGACGAGCAGCCUUCCAGGCGAUCCGCUCGCAAUGCAUCUUCUAACGUGGCAGUUCUCGAGCCUCGUACUCGAUUCACGGCCAGUGGGCGGCAGAUUCGGUCUCGUGCUGGAGGGCUCUAUGGAGAGACCUUGCUCACUGGACAACGUGAAGAUUCCGAAGAAGAAGAGGACACUGCAAGACCGCAGAGAACCCGAACUUCCAUCAACCCUAACGGGUAUUCCGGGUAUGCUGCCGAUGACCUCGAGGACGAGUCGGAAGCACAGUCUAGUGCAAAUGAGAGUGGGAAUGAGUGGCAAAGCGGCGACGAUGGCAAUGAGGUUGAGGGUGAUGAUGACGGAGAAAAUGCAAGCGAGGAUGAGUCCAUUACCAAUGGCGAGCCCCAAAGUCUUGUGGUUCAACUUCGUGUUGGCAAAAUCACCGUUCCCAGUGAGCACAAACCAUCCGACGAUGAGCCGCCUCCCGCAAACGAUGUUCAAAUGAAGGCUGUCAAGGAAGCCGUACCACCAACAUCGCAGCCAACUGCAGACCAGGUGCCAAAGCAGGCACUGAGCCCUCAACAGGUUUCGAAAGCCUCAGUGGUAAAUGCGCCAUCUAUGUUCUCCGACCUCAAGCCACAAGAGAAUAAUCUGCCGACAACAGACAGUGCAUCAAGCAUGCCUAGUAUCCCGCCGACAGAGCCACCGAAAUCCAUCCGGCCAGUUGAGGCCAAUGGAUGGUCUCCAGAUAACACCGGUAUUGAGAGCCAGCCGAGUCAUGGACUGUCUCAUCUACAAGCUCCUACUACCCAAGGCUAA